AUGGAACAAGCCCAAGAGCGGAUAGAUGAGCCAGAAAAUCACUGUGUGACACGAAGAUGCCGGCUUUGUCGGUUCCCCAUUGAAAUGGGCGAGAUGGCGGUUGCUGGGAGGCGGCUGCAACAGGUCUAUAACAAGCUGCCUGCAGAAGUAUGCUUCAUGAUUGCGGGUGAGCUUGUUCGCGAGGUUGCCGCCAUGGCUACCGAACAACUCUGGCAAAGUCGUCCCCGCGACCUGGAAAAUUGCGACAUUUAUAACCGAAUCGAUAUGAAUGUGCGGGCUCGGUACAUUUACAUUGACGGAGUCCGCUAUGUGGAAUCUCUGUCCAGCUCGCCCUACGCUGAGGGCGAGCUGGUCAUCGACCCCGCGACCUCGUCGACAAUUGACGCCAUCCAUGUCUUGGAGGAUCAUAUUGGAGUCAGAAGAAUCCUGUUCUCUAGUACCGAGCAUUCGCAAAAGCUUGAAGCUCUUCUCAGUACCCCAGUGAGAGACGCCUGGUGGCGCAACAUCCCCUUUAGCACCACCGUCUUUUACGCCAACUUUGAUGGCGUUAAACUGCGAGGCAUCAAAACGGACGGCCGUGGUCCGCGCCCCGUCCCAUCAGCAGCCAUGCAGGGAAAAUCAACCUCUGAAGACGUGGCGUGGCCCAGGCCCAUGUACCCGGCAAAUGAACCAGUUCUUCACUAUUCAAACUUGAAUACUUGGGAAAUCGAAGAGGAGCGCCGUAACGCAGAAAUCACGCCAUGGACCCCGUUCACUCGCUAUCGCUUCCGCACCGUAUCUUUCGACUGCAACGACCCAGCCGUGACUGGAUACUCUGUCUGUUUCAAGUCUGGAAUCAGGGGUAUUUACGCUCACCGCGAAGAAGACCUGGAAAUGUACAAUGACGUUGAUAUGUACACUCGUACUGGCAUUUGGAUGCACAUGCCAGUUGACCCCGAUGAGCGUAUUUCGGCCAUUUGGAUCAGAUGUCAAGACACCAUGUCAUCUUCUGGACUAAUGGUGAGGAAGACUGCCCGUAUUCCCAUGACAGCCUACUGA